GUUAUUUAUCCAGCAGCACACGAACACACACGCGCUGCUGUGAACUCUGUGUGCCUCAAGUUUGACUCCCUUGAGUUCUUCCCGUGCACUUACACGUGUGUAGACAGACAAAGGGAGCGAGCUGAUGUGCGUUUUUGUCCAUGAGGAAAAUGUGGAUGAAGUCAGAGCGAUCUGGGAAGUGAAGGGGUUUGUGUUUGGACAGCGAUGUGUCCGCCGCGCUCGCAUCUGUCGCACACUUGAUCUGACCACACAAAAGAAGAGCUCGGGAGCUGCUCACCUUUGUGAACACACCGUGGACACACACACACACACACACGGAGGCAUGUGCUGAGUUAUCGUAUCCGCAUGGGGCGAGCGGGUUUAUAAAGAAAUAACGGCUUCACGGACAGCUGCUGUAGGCCUCUCGCUAAACUCCCACUCGCUAGACAAGCUCUCUCGCCCACCAGGAGAAAUGGGUCUUAUUUUCGCCAAACUAUGGAGUUUCUUUUGCAAUCAAGAACACAAGGUGAUAAUUGUGGGGCUGGACAAUGCUGGAAAGACCACUAUACUUUAUCAAUUUUUAAUGAAUGAGGUGGUGCACACGUCUCCUACGAUUGGCAGCAAUGUGGAAGAAAUAGUGGUGAAGAAAACCCACUUCCUGAUGUGGGAUAUCGGUGGUCAGGAGAGUCUCCGUGCCUCUUGGAACACAUACUACUCCAACACUGAGUUCAUCAUAUUGGUAGUGGACAGUACUGACAGAGAGAGACUAGCCAUUUCUAAAGAAGAGCUCUACAGAAUGCUAGCACACGAGGAUCUGCGCAAAGCUGCGGUGUUAAUCUUUGCUAAUAAGCAAGACAUGAAGGGCUGUAUGUCUGCAGCAGAGAUUUCCAAAUACCUGACCCUCAGCUCCAUCAAGGAUCAUCCCUGGCACAUCCAGUCCUGCUGUGCGCUCACUGGAGAAGGGCUGUGUCAGGGUUUAGAGUGGAUGACCUCAAGGGCUGGGCUCAGAUAGCCUCUGAUUCUUCAUGUUGGACUUAUUGACAAUGAUUCCCACCUCCUUCGGUGGCAUCGCAGACUCAUCCUAUUGGCUGCUUAUAUUUUAUUUUAAAUCUCUUCAUCAGAAUUGACACAUUGCAGCUGAACUCUCUGGACACCUACCUCAGCUGGGAUUUAACUGUUACGUAAAUCUGGUUCGACAGACUUGUCGAUCAGUAAUGUAUCAGGAGAGACUGGAGUUUUUUUACUGGGUGUAUAUCAGAUGAUGUUCAAAGUCUGAAGUAUUUCAACUUAAAUAGAGGCACUAUAGUGCUGGUAUGUGUUUGUGAACUUUGUGUUUUUAGCACACUGGCAGUGGGGAAAAAGUUAUUUGGAUAGGUUCAUUAAGCUAAUCAUGUAUGUUUUGUUUUUUGUUGUUGUUUUUUUUUUUUUUUUUAAUCUGCUGGGAAGAAAUUAUUUGAAUGGUCAAAAUGUUACUUUUCAGAUGGGGAAUCUGGGUCAAUUGUCGUCAUUGGUCAACUGUAUGUUUUUGUUUAAAGUUUUUGGGUAUCAAAUGUUUAAAGUGACAUUGGUACCCAACAUUACCACUACAUAUCAUGAAAGCACCUGAGCAUAUCAUAUCACUUAGUACACAUUACCUCAAUCAUUAGUUACAGUAGAGGGUGCUGUUACCAUUUCAAACGUGGCCAUUACAGACUUGAAAUGUCAUUUAUAAGAGAUGCAAUUUAAAGGUCGCCAGGAAUGAUCACCGCUGUAAGACAAGGUGGAGUGGCUUGUUUUUCAUGCAUAUUUGGUGUUUUUAAUUGCUUGUUACAGUUGUGCAUGUGCUUUGAAUGUGAGAAUGUCCAAUCAACAUCACUGCAGGUGAACUAACAUGUUUUUGUCUUUGUGUGUGUUUAAGUAACCAUGCUCCUUGCUCGAGUGUGGUUAUAGCAUAAAGGUCAUUCAGUUAUCAUAAGGACAUAAUGUUUAAAAGUAUAAAAAAUGUAUUGAUUUUUUUUUUUUUUUUUUUUUUCAUUUUGUUGGUGCAAAUAUUAUUUAACUGCAGAUGAUCUUCAUAGGUCAACUAGCCAUAAUAUUUGUGUCUGUUGCUAUAUAAGUGAUUACUGUUUUAUCCAAAUUUGUUCAGCUCCAGACAUUUCAUCAUUUUUUUUUUUUUUUUCAUCAUUCAUCAUCUCCACUGUUUUCAGGUUGUAUGGUGCAUGUGCGCAUGAGCACAGUGCUUAUAUUUUGCAUGUUGAUUUUGCCAGUAUGCUUUUUUGUUCAAGCUGAAACUGUUCUGUUCUGCAUUUUCACAUUUUUCCAUCCUCUUUGUCUGAUUAAGGGAAACUCUUGCAAGACUUUGAUGCAGUGACUACAAAUUGGUGCUCUCACUGACAUUUCCCUGCCAGCGAUGAAAUCUUUUUGCAUAAUUAUUAUAGGCUGCUGAUCUAGGCAGAUCAGUCCCAUGGAUCUGUAUGUCUCUGUUUUGCAGGGGUUUUAUGUGGUGGCUCUUUGGGGUCAUUAUCUGACUAUUGUGGAUGUGCGGUUUAACUUUCAUACCACAAUAGUAAAAUUUCACAUGGAGUCUUCUGGUGGAAGAAGAAAUAAGAUUGACGGUUGUGACUAUAAGCAUAAAAGGCUUCAGAUAUAUGUAAAUCUUUUCUUUUCACAAUCUUAACACGUAUGUGUAUCAGUGUGUGUUAAUAUGCAUCGUUACAAACCUGAUAUGAGUUUGUUGUAAUAUACUAUUUUGAAUGGAGGUCUUUGGACAAAGCUUUUUAAAUGUGGCUUACUCUGAAACAUUUGCAGCAACCCAUCAUUCCCAUUCUGAGGAGUGUAAUAUUAUAUUUCAUUGCUGAAGUUCAUGGUCAAACCAUUUGGUUCUCAAAUGUGCCAUUUCUAAAUGAGCAGGUGAAAUCUGUAGCAACUUUCCUAAUUCUUAUAGUUUUAUAAUAAAAGCUUUUAUUUUGAAAUCUGAA